CUGGACUUCAUUCUGUGGAGGGAGUCGGAGGCUGCUGCAGGAAGCGAAGCUCAGGAGAUCACAGCCUGGAUAAGCUACACCGGGGACCGCUGUGGGAAGUUGCAUUUUUGUACAUAUAAACACAAGACGGGCAACACAGAUUGAUUCGUAUUCUAGAGCCUGUAGCGCUGUGCAAUGGAGGAUGGGAAGCCGGUGUGGGCCCCACACCCGAUCGAAGGGUUCCAGUUGGGCACCAUCGUUGACAUCGGAGCGGACAGCCUGACCAUCGAACCUCUGAAGCAGAAGGGAAAGUCCUUUCUGGCUCCAGUCAACCAGGUGUUCCCAGCUGAGGAUGACCCAAACAAACAUGUCGAGGACAACUGUUCGUUGAUGUACUUGAAUGAAGCCACACUCCUGAACAAUGUCCGUGUGCGCUACAGUAAAGACAGAAUCUAUACGUACGUGGCUAACAUCCUGAUAGCAGUGAACCCGUACGUUGACCUCCCCAAGCUGUACUCUCCAGAGACCAUCCAGCAGUACCGAGGCCGGUCGCUGGGCACCCUUCCUCCCCAUGUCUACGCUAUCGCGGACAAAGCUUACCGGGACAUGAAGGUGCUGAAGAUGAGCCAGUCCAUCAUUGUGUCAGGAGAAUCAGGGGCUGGAAAGACUGAGAACACCAAAUUUGUGCUGCGGUACCUCACCACGUCCUAUGGAACAGGUCAAGACAUUGAUGAAAGAAUAGUAGAAGCCAACCCCUUGUUGGAAGCUUUUGGAAAUGCCAAGACGGUCAGAAACAACAAUAGCAGUCGCUUUGGGAAGUUUGUAGAAAUCCACUUUAACGAAAAGAAUGCAGUGGUGGGCGGCUUUGUGUCGCACUACUUGCUGGAGAAGUCCCGCAUCACGCGGCAGGGCCAGGAGGAGCGCAACUACCACAUCUUCUACCGGCUCUGUGCUGGGGCCCCCGAGGACAUCCGGCAGAAAUUCUACCUCGGCUCUCCAGACACCUACAGGUAUUUGAAUCGUGGAUGCACUCGCUACUUCGCCAACAAGGAAACCGACAAACAGAUCCUUCAGAACCGCAAGAGCCCUGAGCACAUGAAGGCGGGCCCACUGAAGGACCCUCUGCUGGAUGACCAGGGUGACUUCACCCGGAUGUCGGUGGCCAUGAAGAAAAUCGGUCUGGACGACACGGAGAAGCUGGACUUGUUCCGCGUGGUGGCCGGCGUUCUGCACCUGGGCAACGUGGACUUUGAGGAAGCGGGCAGCACCUCCGGCGGCUGCAUCAUCAAGAACCAGUCGAGCAAGCCGCUGGAGCACUGCGCUGAGCUGUUGGGCCUGGACGAGCAGGACCUGCGGGUCAGCCUCACCUCCCGGGUCAUGCUCACGUCAGCAGGGGGCGCCAAAGGCGCCAUCAAGGUGCCCCUGAAGGUGGAGCAGGCGAACAACGCCCGCGACGCGCUGGCCAAGGCCGUGUACAGCCGUCUCUUCGACCACGUGGUGACGCGCGUCAACCAGUGUUUCCCCUUCGACUCCUCGGCCAACUUCAUUGGGGUGCUGGACAUCGCCGGUUUCGAGUACUUUGAGCACAACAGCUUUGAACAGUUCUGCAUCAACUACUGCAAUGAGAAGCUGCAGCAGUUCUUCAACGAGCGCAUCUUAAAGGAGGAACAAGAGCUCUAUCAGAAAGAGGGGCUAGGAGUGAACGAGGUCCACUAUGUCGACAAUCAGGACUGCAUUGACCUUGUGGAGGCCAAGUUGGUUGGCAUUCUGGACAUUCUGGAUGAAGAGAACCGUCUACCUCAACCCAGCGACCAGCACUUUGCGGAGAUGGUGCACAGCAAGCACAAGGACCACUUCCGUCUGACUGUACCCAGGAAGUCCAAGCUGGCUGUGCACAGAAAUGUCCGUGAUGAUGAAGGCUUCAUCGUCAGGCAUUUUGCUGGAGCUGUCUGCUAUGAAACGACCAAGUUCGUGGAGAAGAACAACGACGCGCUGCACAUGUCUUUGGAGGUACUGGUCAGCGAAUCCAAAGACCGCUUUGUGAGUGAGCUCUUCGAGAACUCCAACAACUCCAAGGACUCCAAGCAGAAGGCUGGCAAGCUCAGCUUCAUCAGCGUGGGCAACAAAUUCAAGACCCAGCUGAAUAUCUUACUGGACAAGCUGCGCAGCACUGGUUCCAGCUUUAUUCGCUGUGUCAAGCCCAACCUGAAGAUGGUGAGCCACCAGUUCGAAGGUGCCCAGAUCCUGUCCCAGCUGCAGUGCUCCGGGAUGGUGUCCGUGCUGGACCUGAUGCAGGGCGGCUUCCCCUCCCGUGCUCCCUUCCACGAGCUCUACAACAUGUACAAGCAGUACAUGCCAGCCAAGCUGACGCGCCUCGACCCGAGACUCUUCUGCAAGGCUCUGUUCAAAGCCCUCGGUCUUAACGAGAAGGACUACAAGUUUGGGCUGACCAAAGUUUUCUUCCGACCUGGAAAGUUUUCGGAGUUCGAUCAGAUCAUGAAGUCAGACCCGGACCACCUGGCGGAGCUGGUGAAGCAAGUCAACAAGUGGCUCAUCUGCAGCCGCUGGAAGAAGGUCCAGUGGUGCGCGCUGUCCGUCAUCAAACUUCGGUCUAUGGUGCUCAUUAGUCAGUGCUCCCAGCAGGAUUUUGUUCAAACUGAAUUUGUGACUAAUGUGUGUGUGUGUGUGUGUGUGUGUGUGUGUGUGUGUGUGUGUAGGAUCGAUGGGCUGGUUAAGGUGCGUAAUCUGAAGACGAGGAUGGACAAGUUUAACGAGGUGGUGGCCGGUCUGAAGGAGGGACAGCAGGAGAUGCUCAAACAGAUCCAGGACCUGGACGCCUCCAUCGACACCCUCAUGAUCAAGAUCAAGAGCACGGUGAUGACGCGCAUCGAGAUCGACCACGAGCACCAGGCGCUGGUGACGCGCUCGCAGCAGCUGCUCAGCGCCAUGCAGAAGAAGAAGCAGGAGGAGGAGGAACGCGCGCGCCUCCUGCGCAUCCAGGAGGAGAUGGAGCGCGAGCGCAAGAGGAGGGAGGAGGAGCAGCAGCGACGCAAACAGGAAGAGGAAGAACGCAAACUGAAAGCAGAGAUGGAGGUGAAGAGGAAGCAGGAGGAGGAGGAGCGAAAGAAGAGGGAGGAGGAGGAGAAGAGGCUGCAGGAGACGCUGCAGGAGGAGAUGGAGCGGCAGGUGGCGGCCGAGCGUGAGGAGGAGGCGGCUCGGCAGGCCAUUCUGGAGCAGGAGCGGCGUGACCGCGAGCUCGCCAUGAGGAUCGCCCAGAGCGAGGCCGAGCUCAUCCCCGAGGAGACGCAACUGGAUGCCGGGCUGCGCAGUAAUGGCUCAAGUGUUCCAUCAUCCCCAGAGCGAGUGAAUGUUCCUGCACAACCAAAGCUCAAGAGUUUGACCAUGGAAGAAAUGGCCAAGGAAAUGUCUGAUCUUCUCUCUCGGGGUCCCCAGGUGCAGGCCAACAAGGCUGCCGCCGCCAGCACCAAGAAGUACGAGCUGAGCAAAUGGAAGUACGCUGAGCUACGAGACGCCAUCAACACGUCCUGUGACAUUGAGCUGUUGGCUGCCUGCAGAGAAGAGUUCCAUCGCCGUCUGAAGGUAUAUCAUGCCUGGAAAUCAAAGAACAAGAAGCGCAAUGCAGAAGCUGAGCCGAGGGCUCCCAAGUCCGUCACAGAUUAUGCCCAGCAGAACCCUGCUCCACCAAUCCCGGCGCGGCAGCAUGAGAUCGCCAUGAACCGCCAGCAGCGCUACUUCCGUAUCCCCUUCAUCCGACCGGGCGAGCAGUACAAGGAUAUGCAGGGCAAGAAGAAGGGCUGGUGGUACGCCCACUUCGACGGCCCCUGGAUCGCCCGACAGAUGGAGCUGCACCCGGACAAGCAUCCUAUUCUGUUGGUGGCAGGUAAAGACGACAUGGAGAUGUGUGAGCUCAGUUUAGAGGAGACAGGUCUGACACGGAAGCGCGGAGCAGAGAUCCUGGCGCGGCAGUUUGAGGAGAUCUGGGAACGCUGUGGAGGCAUCCAGUAUCUACGGAGCGCCAUUGAGAGUCGGCAAGCAAGACCCACCUAUGCCACCGCCAUGCUGCAGAGCAUGCUCAAGUAGAGCUAUGCCUGCAAGAUAAACACACACCUAUAUAUACAAUACACUUAUGUAUAUGUAUAUUGUAUAUAUGCUAUAUAAGUAUAUAGCUAUAUACAUAUACAGUACACAACAGUCACACACAAACAUCAUACAGACAGACACGCACACAUAAAGGUCUCUUGCUAGAUCAAAGGGAAGAAUGCCGUUUCUAACAUAGCCAGGAUUCAGAAAUAAAUAAUGGUUUGACUGGUGGGCAUUCCCAGUCAAGAAAGGACUGUUUUUUUUUGUUGUUUUUUUUGUUUGUUUGUUUUUUGGUUAAUUUACUGUACGUGUUUUUAAUGUUGUUGGUCUUUUCAGCGUUCUGUUUGCAUCAUUUCGUUAAUUUCAUUUUGCAGUGAAACGGAUGCAGAGACGUACUUGCUGAUUAUUUCCGUCUUGUCAUGCAAACGUGACGCGCUCCUCAGUACGUCUACGACUUUGAACUACGAGGCCUUAACGACUAGUCACGACAGGGUAGUUGCUGGAGGUCGGCCGUUUUAGCGGCUCUUAACCUCCUCAAGUAGAAACGCAAUAUUACAGCAUCCCCCUCGUCCCACUCUCACGGCAACCCUCUGCAUCUGAAUACAGUCUGCAGCUCGUCUCCAGCAGACGUUUUAACUGGACUCGCUUACCGAUAAGCUGUUUACAUGUUCGCAUUUAUGUCUGAAGCGUAGCGCAGUAACGGCUCUGAACUAAGGGCCGUGAGUUUCAUAGGUGUAGACACGAUAAGCAUUCCAUUCUCUACCGCAGCACUUUCUGGCUUUAGCCUGUGCAGUGUGUGUGCAUCUGACUCCAACGGUUGAAGUAGUGCUCGUUGACCUGUGAACCUCCCGUCUGCUUCCUCCACUGCUUUGGCCUUACUGCGUAAACAUAUACUGUAUGUUUCGUUCAAAUUUUGCACAUAUUCUGUUAAGCAGUUAAUAAUAAUAAGGACGACGAUGAUUAUUAAUAAUAUUAAUGAUUACAAUAAUGCACUGAACAAGCAAUGGAUUCCGAUUCUCGUUUUUUCUUGUACAUUUGAACAAUGACCUCUGAAGAGAUUACACAUAGAGAGAUAUCCCAACAGGGUUUAGCGUCAUUAAAAAAAAAUACAAGACUAUAUAUUUUUCUGAGCAUCUUUUGUACCAACGGUCCCCAAACUAUUCUGAGUAGCGGCUUCUUUAAGGCUUCACCCCGAACUGAAUGUACAAGGCUUCGGCAUAUCUCCUUUCCCAUGAUGACAGGUCUAAUAAUAGCAACAGGCGAAUGAGCAAGAACAUCUUAGAUGGGAUUUUUUUAGUGACCUUUUUCUAAACUUCUCCUAGAAGCACCCAAGUCCUCUUUGCACUGAGUUCUGGCAAACAGGAUCUCUACACUGAAAUGCACUGUGGUCUUUUAUCUGCAAGCAAAGCACAUGCAUCUUCUUAUGGACCGCAUUCAAAAUAAUGUGACAUGUAAAAUCCAUCAUGGAUAUAUGUGAAAAAAUACCAUUCCUUAAUGUAAAACCAAUCAACAGUGAUGUGGGUGAUUUGGUGUAUGCAGUAACACACCUUGUUAGACCAAAUGUGUGUACAUGUCAAUGUGCUGUCACUGACCUAUGAUCGGUCAUUUGCAAAAAAAAAUGCAGUGUGUUUUUUUGUGUGUGAAUGGUGCAUGUCACUACAAACAUCACAGUGUACUCCCAAUCCCAAACUUAAAUAUUAUUAUGCAUUUCAUCCAAAUGCAAUUGCAUACAGUGCAUCCAUAAAUAUUUUAUAUACGAGUAUGACACAUGCAAAAAUGUCAUGUUUCUAUAGAAUUGUACAAAUGUAUUUUCGUGAUUUAAGGGUGUGGGCUUUUCACUAUGUUCCCUGUAAGACUCCAAAGUUCUUUUGUAUGUGCUGUAAAGAGUGCUCCCGAGGGAACGAUAGCUAAGAGAUACUUCAUGACCUUCCUCUCGCUCCUUCCUCAGACUGGAACUAGUGUCCUCAGGUAAGGCUGAUUGUGACUGCUUGGGUUUGCAGUAACCUUUCUGUUUCCUGCGUUAUUCCUUUCACUCGUUUGGUGAAUCGACUCUCGGGUCAGGUCGUGGCUACUCUUACCCAAAGUGUAAUGCGGAAAGCUGGCAGACUAAUGCCGCUGUGCGUUAAAGGGGUUUGGCAGCUCAGUGUCGUGACCCAGUGUCUCUCCAGCCUAGCUGUGGGCACAUCCCUAUCUGUCCUCUUGUGUACUAGACAAACGGCAGCCGAGAUCCCGAGUGAAGGACUUGUAUGUGACUUGAGCACUGAAGGUGUGACUGCUGUCGAUUCUACUGGGUUAGCUUAUGGGGUGCAGUAACUGAAGGGGCUUGUGAUAUGCACUGUAAACCCACUCGUCUUUCACAAUCAUCCUUGAUUCUGCCUUUUCACAGUCUUUUCUAAUUGUGAUCUCUAACCUUAUGAAAUAAAUGCAUUCCCUGUUUCACUUUAA